GUAUGAUGCUAUGCCUAUUCAGUCCAACGUGGUUAUGUGCUCCUGCCCAUCUCCUUCAUUAGUGAUUAACCCUGACUCCAGCUCUCCUGCAACCCUAGCAAGCUGCAGCAGCCAAGCAGGUUCCACCAGUGAUUCGAAAGCCACAGACUUCAGGCCCAGUUCAGAGACAGAGCAGAACACCGGGCAACAGCAAACGCAACAGCCUCGAAAGAAACGUCCGCAAGACUUUAAGUUUGGCAAAAUCCUUGGUGAAGGGUCCUUCUCAACCGUUGUUUUGGCUAAAGAGGUAACAACAGGAAGAGAGUUUGCCAUUAAAAUUCUACAGAAACGUCAUAUUGUGAAGGAGAAUAAGGUACCUUAUGUGACGAGGGAAAGAGAUGUGAUGUCACGUCUGGACCACCCGUUCUUCGUCAAACUCUACUUCACAUUUCAAGAUGUUGAUAAACUGUAUUUUGGCCUCAGUUACGCUAAGAAUGGUGAACUACUGAAAUACAUAAGGAAGAUUGGCUCAUUCGAUGAAACAUGCACAAGGUUUUACACUGCUGAAAUUGUGUGCGCUUUAGAAUAUUUACAUGAUAAGGGAAUUAUUCACAGAGACUUAAAACCGGAAAACAUAUUACUUAGUGAAGACAUGCAUAUUCAAAUUACAGACUUUGGGACAGCAAAGGUCUUAUCGUCUGACACCAGGCAAGCAAGAGCAAACUCGUUUGUGGGGACAGCGCAAUAUGUGUCACCAGAACUUCUCACAGAGAAAUCUGCUUGCAAGAGUUCGGAUCUCUGGGCACUGGGUUGUAUUGUAUAUCAAUUAGUAGCCGGCCUACCACCAUUCAGAGCUGGAAAUGAAUAUCUUAUAUUCCAGAAGAUAAUUAAGCUGGAGUAUGACUUUCCAGAAAAAUUCUUCCCUAGAGCAAAAGACCUUGUGGAAAAGCUUCUGGUCCAAGACCCUAUUAAACGAUUAGGCUGUGAAGAAUUGGGAGGCUUUGGCCCCCUCAAGGCCCAUUCGUUUUUUGAUGGCAUCACGUGGAAGGACCUGCAUCUUCAGACACCUCCAAAACUCACAGCUUAUUUACCGGCAAUGGCUGAAGACGAUGAAGAAUUCUAUGGAAAUUAUGAUGACCUUCUGAGUCAGUUUGGAGGUAUGCAAGUAGCCUUGUCUGUAUCGCCCCAAACACUGCUAACACCAGAACCCGUUCAGCCACAGCGUUCUGGCAGUAACAUAGAACAGUACAUCCACGACAUUGACAAUAAUUCUUUUGAGCUUGAUCUACAGUUCUCAGAGGAGGAAAAGCGGCUACUGCUUGAAAAACAAGCCGGAGGAAACCAGUGGCACCAGUUUGUAGAAAAUAAUUUUAAAAUCCUAAAAAUGGGUCCUAGAUAAACGAAAGGGGCUGUUUGCUCGCCGACGUCAGCUGCUUCUUACAGAGGGUCCACACCUCUAUUAUGUGGAUCCAGUAAACAAAGUCCUGAAAGGAGAGAUUCCAUGGUCACAGGAACUGCGCCCAGAGGCCAAGAACUUUUAAAACAUUUUUUGUUCUAUACUCCUAACCGAACAUAUUACCUGAUGGACCCAAGUGGAAAUGCUCACAAGUGGUGUAAAAAAGAUUCAGGAAGUGUGGCGGCACAGAUACCAGAAUCACCAAAACAGCAGCAUGUAG